AUGCACACGACCCAGAAGGACACGACGUACACCAAGAUCUUCGUCGGGGGGCUGCCCUACCACACCACCGACGCCAGCCUGCGCAAGUACUUCGAGGUCUUCGGCGAGAUCGAGGAAGCGGUGGUCAUCACCGACCGGCAGACCGGCAAGUCGCGGGGCUAUGGAUUUGUCACCAUGGCUGACCGAGCUGCUGCUGAAAGGGCUUGCAAGGAUCCCAACCCUAUCAUUGAUGGCAGAAAGGCCAAUGUGAAUCUGGCAUACUUGGGAGCAAAACCAAGGAUCAUGCAACCAGGUUUUGCCUUUGGUGUUCAACAACUUCAUCCAGCCCUUAUACAAAGACCUUUCGGGAUACCUGCCCACUAUGUCUACCCACAGGCUUUCGUGCAGCCUGGAGUGGUGAUUCCACACGUUCAGCCAGCCGCAGCUGCGGCCUCCACCACACCCUACAUCGAUUACACGGGAGCCGCGUAUGCUCAGUACUCAGCUGCAGCUGCUGCUGCUGCUGCAGCCGCUGCCUAUGACCAGUACCCCUAUGCAGCCUCCCCUGCUGCUGCUGGAUAUGUCACCGCUGGAGGCUAUGGCUAUGCUGUUCAGCAGCCCAUCACCGCCGCUGCCCCUGGGACGGCAGCUGCCGCAGCUGCUGCGGCUGCUGCCGCAGCUGCAUUUGGCCAGUAUCAACCUCAGCAGCUGCAAACAGACCGGAUGCAAUAGACCCAGCCAUCUGAUCCAAGUUGAAUCGUUUCCUCUUUUCCCUUCCAAUUUCCCAAGUUUUAGUAGUUCAUGAGAGAGUUAACAUUGACUUAUUAACAGCUUUAAAAAAAAAAAAA